GGUCGAUGUUCUUCUUUCGCGCGAAUAUUAACGGUAGCCAGGAUUCUGUAACAGCUAUUUUCCUCAUACAAUUUGCGAUUGUUGUGUGAAUAUAAUAUCUUUUUACAAUUCUUUACAUAUUAUAAUAGUGUACUGAUUUACAAGAAUUUAUUUCGAUAUUAAAUAUCUAGUAAAUAAAAGAACAAUGGGAAAGGAAGAUAAAAAUUCUACAAAGAAACCUCUCUCUGUAGCAAGAUUAUCUCAAAAAAUGGACUUGAAAAGGCUUAAAGAAUUAGCAAAGAGCAUGCAAGGUGUAUAUAAAUAUAAUGCUGAAAAGGAAUCUACUAGCUUUCAGAAUAGUUCUAUUGAUCGACCCAAUAUAAAUUCUGAGGAUAAUACUAAAAUGAUAUAUUGUCUUGAUCAAAUUAAGGAAGAGAAAAUUGAUAAUGAUGAAGAAAUGGAAGCAUUUAAUGAAGAAAGUGUAUGUAAUGAAACUACUGAAUAUUGUAAAGAUGCAAAUUUGAUUUCCAUUAAUAUAGAUAGUGUAAAAGGAACAGAAGGAUAUAACAUAGAAAACGUGCAAAGCACUGAAUAUUCUGAAGAUAAAAAAAAUAAUGAUAAUGAUUCUAAAAAUGCAUCUGGCAUCCAAGAAAAACUACCUAUAGGCAGUUGCAUUAUAAAUUUUUCUUAUUUUUGGCUUGAGCUUAAAAGAGUAUUUUGCAAUCACGCGCGUGGAAUUGAUUGUCAAUUUGAAUAUUGGAAACUAGUUAAUUGUCGUCGUCGUGGAUUGCUUACACAAUUUUUUUUUAAAUGUGAAAUGUGCCACUAUAAGGCAAGUAUAUGGUCAGAACCUGUAGAUAAAUCAAUAGAUCUUAAUGCCUUGGUUGUGGCUGAAAGUGUUAGAACAGGAAUGGGAUAUUCUCAAUUGAACCAAUUGCUUGCAUCUAUGGAUAUUGCUUUUAUGUCAUAUACGACUUAUCGGAAGUAUCGGGAAAAUUUGACAACAGUUCAGAGGAAUAUGAACGAUGUAAAAAAUGAAACUAUCUUGAAACAAAACUAAAUUUUAACAGCGCUGAAAAAGUUAAAAUUAAUAUACGUUAUAGAUUAUGUACAAGAUAUAUGCAUGUAUAUUUUUUAAUAACUUGAUAUACUUACAUUUAUGAUAAAAGUCAUGCAGGAUUAUUUUCUUAAAUAUUAAUUUGCAAAUUUGUUAAUCUUAUUUUAUUUCCAAAAUUGUGAUAUGUGAAUUUUAGAAGUUAGCUAAAGUUUUAGAAGAAAGUUAUAUUAAUUGUUUUAAUUUUAAGUUUAUAGUAGAAUAGCGUAUAAAAGUAAGUGUAUAGAUUCUUAUUAUGAGAGGGAAGUUUUACAAAAUUAAUGUGUUAAUUAAGUUUUGUGUUUAAGUCUAGAACUUGUAAUAGAAAAUUACUUUCAUAUUUUAUUAUAAUGUAUAACGCAAUUUAUAACAUUUGUGAUAUGAUAUUUAUGUUAGAAAAAUAUUACAAGUUUUUUUUACAUAUGUUUAUUUAAUAUACUUUCUCUUUGUGUAUAAUAUUAAUUAUUUAAAAUGAAAAAUUUUAAACAGAAAGGAGAUUGUUUAUGAAUAAAGAUGCACAUGGUUAACAUAAGAUGUUUGAUAUAAUAAUAUAUAAUAUUUUUGAUAAUAAUAAACAUGGAAUUAAAUAAAUUAUUUGUUUAAUUAUUUAUUAUUUUCUUGUAACUGCCUUGGAGCACUCUCUGUGAUGUAGCGCGAAAAAAUUAAAUCUUGAUAAAAAGAUACUAUUCAAAAAUAACCUACAUGGUCGAAUCUAUUUAACAGAAAUACGAACCAUUUUAGCAGAGAUUCAAACCUGUUUGUAAAAUUUUUCAAAUGGUGAUAAAACAAUAAUAAAAGUUUAAUUACGCCAUUUAUUAAAAUAAAUAUAUGCAUUUGUAUUUACUAUAUAACAAUCUCAAGAUUAUUUUCUUUUACUGACGAUGUUUAUUGGAUAUAUGUAUGCGUUUCGUUAUUACUGUCAGUACUGAAAAUCUGUACGUAAUGAAAACUAUAGAUGUUCAGUACUGACAGAAUAUCAGAACACAGCCUAUCUAUAUCUCAAGAUUUAAAUGUAUUACGCAACAGAGAAUGACAAAGGUUAAGUUAUGCGCCGUUGUAUGUCACCUUUCAUGAAAAGUAAUACUGAGAACGUUACGAUUUUUUGAGUUCUAAGAACACAACAUGCCUGAAAAUGUGAAAAAAACUGGGCCUUUAAUAGGCGCUAUUGAUGAAGGAACAAGUAGUGCUAGAUUUUUGGUGUUUGACGUGUUACGCAGAAAGGUAGUUGCCUUGCAUCAGAUCGAAAUCAAGCAAAAAUAUCCACAAGAAGGAUGGGUGGAACAGGAUCCAAAAGAAAUAUUACAAGCUGUUAUAUUAUGUAUAGAAAAGACGGUGGAAAAGAUGAAGAAUCUUGGCUUAUCAGUCUCGGAUAUUAAAGCUGUUGGGAUUACUAAUCAAAGGGAGACAACACUGGUAUGGGAUAAAGAAACUGGCGAGCCUUUGCACAAUGCAAUUGUAUGGCACGAUAUGAGGACAACUACAACUAUGGAAGGUGUGUUGGACAGUAUCCCAAACAAAACGAGAAAUAAGAAUUAUUUGAAGCCUCUAUGUGGCUUACCAAUGUCUCCUUAUUUUAGCGCUCUCAAGAUACGCUGGUUGAUAGACAACAUUCCACGUGUGAAACAAGCGAUAGAUGCGCAGAAGUGUGCUUUUGGAACAGUUGACACAUGGCUUAUUUGGAAUCUCACAAAGGGCCAAUUGCAUGUUACGGAUGUGUCAAAUGCAUCGCGUACGAUGCUAAUGAAUAUCGAAACACUAAAGUGGGAUCCUCUAUUAUGUCGCUUUUUUGGCAUUCCACAACACAUCCUUCCUGAAAUACGAUCCAGUGCAGAGAUUUAUGGUUCUAUUUCAAAUCCUGAAGUUCUCACAGGCAUACCUAUAGCAGGUUGUGUAGGUGAUCAGCAAGGAGCUCUUCUUGGCCAAUUGUGCUUGAAACCUGGUCAAGCAAAAGCUACAUAUGGCACAGGAUGUUUUUUGCUUUACAAUACAGGAAAUACAAAAGUUGAUUCAACGCAAGGAUUGAUAACUACAGUUGCUUACAAGAUCGCACGAUCCACGCCUAUUUACGCAUUAGAAGGAUCCGUUGCUGUUGCCGGAGCCGCUUUAUCCUGGUUGCGAGAUAACAUGCAACUUCUCAGUAAUAUUACACAAACACAAGAUAUGGCUGAGCAUGUAAGAUCUUCCGGCGACGUGUAUUUUGUACCAGCCUUUUCGGGAUUGUACGCUCCUUACUGGCAACAAGAUGCGCGCGGAGUAAUCUGUGGUAUUACCGAGGAUACACAACAAUAUCAUAUUAUACGAGCAGCAUUAGAAGCGGUUUGCUUCCAAACGAGAGAUAUAUUAGAAGCAAUGGUAAAAGAUUCAGGAACGAAACUAACAACUCUACAGGUUGACGGCGGUAUGACUGUGAAUGAUUUGUUAAUGCAAUUACAGGCGGAUUUAACCGGAAUAACUGUUGUGAGACCAAAUAUGGUUGAAACUACGGCAUUAGGUGCCGCCAUUCUAGCUGGCAUUGGUGCAGGUUUAAUUGAUAUAAAUGAUGUGGAUGCAUCUCAGGUAACUAAAUUUUCACCUGAGAUUGGUGAAGAUGAGAGAGAUCUUCGAUAUUCUAAGUGGAAAAUGGCCGUUGAGAGAUCUAUGAAGUGGGAUUGUUCUACAACCCCAAUUUAAUUAUCUAAUAGAUAAUUAAAAUUGUACACGCAUAUAUAUUUUUGUAUUGGACAUGGAAUGGAUAUCUGUACAGAAGAAUAUAAAAAUGAUAAUAUAUGUGAUAUAUUUUAUA